AUGGCGGCAUCUCUGUUCACCUACUCAUCAACAUCUCGAAGAGUCACUCCUGCCCCAAACUCUCCUCCACUUCCAAUUCACAUCAAGGCCACCAAUGUAGUAUUCAACCCUGACAUUCCAGAGGUUCAUCGAGGUCUUGGACUCGAUGAUUUCGUCAAUUUCUUGACUUCUUGCCGCCUCCGAUACGCAAUCAGUGACGUACCAUCCGAGUUCUUCCCUGAACAAGUAUGUGAGUUUUACUAUACUGCAACAGUUAGUGAAGAAAACAAUGCCAUCACCGGAACAAUUGGCCGUGGCAGACACUCCGUCUUUAUCACUGCAGAGCUUCUCAGCGCUGCUUUACGAUUACCUCUGUUCGAACCUUUUUCUGAACCUCCAACUAUUGAAAGAUGUAAACGCAUGUUUGAUCAACUGGGCUAUGAUCAUUCAAAGGCUGGUACUCGAUCAGCCCUUAUUUUGCGUCAGUGCAUGACCGCAGGAUGGAAGUUUUUCACUGGUGCCUUGUGCAAGUGUGUGGGUCACAAGUCUCGGAGUGGUGAUCAAUUGAGUAAUUAUGAGCAACAAGUCGUCUGCUCUCUUCUUCUCAACAAAAGACUGGAUUAUGGGGCACUAUUCUUUGAUCAGCUUGUUCAACUUCUACGUGCAAAUGUGCGUGCUGAUCAUGUUCCCUUUCCUCGCUGGAUUGCCUUGGUGUUCGACAAAUUCUUCGCUGCUGAUUAUUUUUCUCACUCUGGGAAUCCAAUCCAAUGCCCUCGCAUGUCCGUUCGCAUGUAUCAGGAUGAUCCUUUGGAUUCAGACAUUGGGAUCUCAGAUAGGAUGAGAGAAUGGAUUGCUCAUCCAUACACUAUGCCUUCUCUUUCAGCUGAUACUGAUGACGGAGGUGCUGAUGGUGAUCAUGUGGAUCAUGCUGAUCAAGAAGUGGAUCAUUAUGAUGGCGGUCAUUCCUCUCCUCCACCUUCUCCUCACCUUACCCCUGUCACUGGUCCUGCCUCCUCAGCUCCACAGGAUCUCUUGUCUCAAGGGGAGCAACCAUCUCAGGGGGAUCAUCAGUCUCAGGGGGAGCAUUCUUCUCAAGGGGAGCAACCAUCUCAGGGGGAUCCUCAGUCUCAGGGGGAGCAUUCUUCUCAAGGGAUGCCUCUCUCUCCGGGGGAGCAUUCAUCCCCAGCAGCUCGCCAUUUCUCUCCAAGGAUGCAAUCCAGCUUUCCAGUUGCUCCAGGAACAUCCAUGAUUCAAAUUCCUGCUUCCGCAUUCUCUGAACUGAUGUCACUGACUCCGGACAUGAGUCAGCGUCUGCUUAAUAUUGAGGCUGAUGUUCAGCAAAUCAAGGAGGUUCUUUUACUUACUCCUGCUUCCCGUCCCAUAUCCAAUGAUGUUCAAAAAUGGGGAGAUACUGAUGAUCACGCUGAUGAUCAUGCUGAUAGCGAUCAAAAUGCUCAUGCUGAUGAAGAUCAAAAUGAAAAAGACACAGCAACUGGUGACAACAGUAUUCUUCAGCAUGACUCACUCAACCCCGUUGAAGAAGCUGAUCCUACGGGACAUGAUAGUCCAACAGCUACUGAAAGGUUAUCUGAUGAUAGUGAGCAUAAUGAUGAACACGAAUCUGAUUCUGCGGGGCAUAGUAGUCCAGCAGCCACUGAGAAAUUAUUUGAAGAUAGUGAUGAUGACGAAGAGCGUGAUGAACCUGAUGAUGAAUGUCAAAUUUUUGACAUGAACUUUAUUGAUCCUCUCAUUCCAGAUCAGCAAGAAAGCUUAGAUGAUCUUGAAGAAUCUAUUCCGAUACUUGCCGAUCCUAUUGUUGAUUCAAUCAUUCCGGUCCAAGGAGAAGAUUCGGACAUUGCCAUCCAAGGCUCAGUCUUCUCAACCUCCUCCUAG